CCGUGAGGCCCGACAGUGCACCGGGAUCGAGCGGGUCGGAGCGGCGGCAGCGGUGGGGACCUACGGGCUGGCGGACUGACGGGCAGACGGGCCAUGUCGCCCGGCACCUGCUAAACUGGAGCGCCCGAGGAUGUCUGCGCUGAGGAAGGCCCUCCCGGCGUCCGAGGCCCGGCCGUAGCGCUGCCUGGUUCCCCACGUCGCUGGUGGAUGCCCUCGGCCCGCACCUGCUCCGCCGCCAUGGGCACCGCUCAGGUUUUGCCUGGCAUUCUGCAGAAGCAUUGCUGUAUCUUACCCGACAGGAACACAGAGUCGCAGUGCACCCUCUGCGGGGAGCCGGAAGAGGAAGAGGGCGGGGACCUGGCCCAGUCGGGCAUCAGCUUUCCGGGGCCGGCAGAGGAGGACCUAGACCAGCAGUGCUCAUGGUCCCCGACUCUGCACUUCGAUGAGGAGAGGCGCUCGCCUGCGCCCAGGACUAUGAAAGGGCUACCCGGAAGUCGGAACCCGCCGCAGCUGUGCUCCGGCCACACGUGGGGCUUGGCGCCCCCCGAGGACUGCGAGCUCGGCCACGGCCACCUCCACCACGGGCAGGAGGGGCGGCAGCCCUACCUGCUCCGCCCGGCAGAGAGCUGCCCCGUGGACCACCACCGCUGCUCCCCCCGGGCCUCCGUCCACUCGGACUGCGUGGUGAUGCCCGUGGCUCUGGGCGACCACGUGUCCAGCAGCACCUUUCCCCGGAUGCACUACAGCUCCCACUACGACCCCCGGGACGACUGCGCUGCGUCCCACGCCAGCGCCAAGAUCAACCGGAUCCCGGCCAACCUCCUGGACCAGUUCGAGAAGCAGCUCCCGCUGCACCGGGACGGGUUCCACACGCUGCAGUACCAGCGGACGUCCGCGGGCGCCGAGCCGCGCGGCGAGAGCCCGGGGCGCAUCCGGCACCUCGUCCACUCCGUGCAGAAGCUCUUCACCAAGUCCCACUCUCUGGAGGGCUCGGCCAAGAGCAGCGUGAACGGGACCAAGGGGGACGGCCGGCCGGACGACCAGCACCACGGCCAGCACGCCAGGCACGGCAAGCGGAGCAAGAGCAGGGAGCGCAGGCUCAGGUCGGGGCUGAGCAGCCGGUGGGGCUCGGACGACAACCUGGACGGCGACGGCGCCUACCGGGCGCCCAGCGCCAUGGGCGGGCCGCACGUGGGCCCCCUCGCCCGCUGCUACCCCGACGCGCUCCCGGGCCCCUUCGGGGACCUGUCGCUGCGCACCUCCAAGAGCAACAGCGACGUCAAGUGCUCGGCCUGCGAGGGCGUGGCCAUGACGCCGGACACCAGGUACAUGAAGCGGAGCUCCUGGUCCACCCUGACGGUGAGCCAGGCCAAGGAGGCCUACCGCAAGAGCUCGCUGCACCUGGACAAGCCGCUGGUGCGCCCGGAGACCAAGCCGCCGCUGCGGCCCUGCCACUACCUGCAGGUGCCUCAGGACGAGUGGGGCGGGUGCCCCACGGGGGGCCGAGACGACGAGAUCCCCUGCCGGAGGAUGCGGAGCGGGAGCUACAUCAAAGCCAUGGGCGAUGAGGAGAGCGGGGAGUCGGACUCCAGCCCCAAGACGCCCCCCCCAGGGCCCCUGCUCCAGCCCCUCGGACAGAGGCCGCUGGGAGACCUCCAAACCCAGAGCUACCUGCCAGCGGCCAGCGACGGGCCAGCCGGCCACAGCCUGGACCCCUCUGCCAACUACAACUCCCCGAAGUUCCGCUCCCGGAACCAGAGCUACAUGAGAGCCGUUAGCACGCUCAGCCAGGCCAGCUGUGUGAGCCAGAUGAGUGAGGCGGAGCUCAAUGGGCAGUUCGAGUCCGUGUGCGAGUCCGUCUUCAGCGAAGUGGAGUCUCAGGCCAUGGACGCCCUCGACCUCCCUGGAUGCUUCCGGACGCGGAGUCACAGUUACCUCCGAGCCAUUCAGGCUGGUUACUCCCAAGAUGAUGAAUGUAUCCCCGUGAUGGCCUCCGACAUCGCCUCAACCGUCAGGCCCACCACAGCCAUCUCCUACACAAACUACAAAAAAACCCCGCCACCCGUCCCACCCCGCACCACCUCCAAGCCUCUGAUCUCGGUGACGGCGCAGAGCAGCACCGAGUCCACCCAGGACGCCUACCAGGACAGCCGUGCCCAGAGGAUGUCCCCGUGGCCCCAGGACGGCCGCAGCCUCUACGACUCCACGGACAGUCUGGACAGCACCAAGGCCAUGAGCCUCGCCCUGGAGUCGGCCGCGGCCCAGCGCCACGCCUCCGAGGGCCAGGGAGGCUCGGGGCGGACCAGCGACAAGGCCAUCUUGGCAUCCAAGGCCGAGGAGGUCCUCAAGAGCCGGCGCUCCUCCAUCGGGGUCCAGGACUCUGAAUUCCCAGAGCAUCAGUCCUACCCAAGGUCAGAUGUGGAAACAGCCACGGACUCUGACACGGAGAGCCGAGGUCUGCGGGAGUACCACUCCAUCGGCGUGCAGGUGGAGGACGAGAAACGACACGGACGUUUCAAGCGCUCCAACAGCGUGACGGCCGGCGUGCAGGCGGACCUGGAGCUGGAGGGCUUCCCGGGACACGUCGCCACGGAGGACAAAGGCCUGCAGUUCGGGUCCUCCUUCCAGAGGCACUCGGAGCCCAGCACCCCCACUCAGUACGGGGCGGUCCGGACCGUCCGGACCCAGGGGCUCUUCAGUUACCGGGAGGACUACAGGGCCCCGGUGGACGCGGCGAGCCUGCCCCCCGCCGACCCCUGGCUGGAGGCUUCCCUCGAGUCGGUGGACAGCGGCCGCAUGUCGCCGUGCCGCAGGGACGGCUCGUGGUUUCUGAAGCUGCUGCACACGGAGACGAAGCGGAUGGAGGGCUGGUGCAAGGAGAUGGAGCGGGAGGCCGAAGAAAACGACCUCUCGGAGGAAAUUCUCGGUAAAAUCAGGAGUGCUGUCGGGAGUGCCCAGCUUCUGAUGUCCCAGAAGUUCCAGCAGUUUUACUGGCUUUGCCAGCAGAACAUGGACCCGAGCGCCAUGCCCAGACCCACGUCGCAGGACCUGGCGGGCUACUGGGACAUGCUGCAGCUCUCGGUGCAGGACGUCAGCAUGAAGUUCGAUGAGCUGCACCAGCUGAAGCUCAGCGACUGGAAGGCGGUGGAGUCCCCGGAGAGAGAGGAAGAAAGAAAGGUCCCCCCUCCAAUACCAAAGAAGCCCCCCAAGGGGAAACUCCCCAUCACGAGAGAGAAGUCUCUGGACCUGCCGGACAGACAGCGCCAGGAGGCCCGGAGGCGGCUGGCGGCCGCCAAGAGGGCAGCGUCCUUCCGACAGAGCUCGGCCAGCGAGCGCGCCGACAGCAUCGAGAUCUACAUCCCCGAGGCCCAGACGCGGCUCUAGGGCCCCGCAACCCCCGCCCCGACCGCACCCCGCGCAGUGUCACCCACCUGUACUCUGUCUCCUUCCUCCGCCGCGUCCGCCCUGCUGUUGUGUUCUGUGCUGUCAACACACGGGAACGCUGUGCUGUCCGCGGCUGGCAAGCUCACGGCCAGGAGGACCUCCUGGGGACCAGAUGGCCGGCUCUGGCCAGCCGUGACGGGAGGCGUGGGGACACCUGACUCGCCCACUCUGUUCUCGGGGGGCACGGAGCACCUCUUGAGACGGAACGCGAUCGCACUUUGUUAUUUAUAUUUUUAUAAAUUGUGUGAUCACCCGAGGCAAGCCUAGCAAAUAACUGGCCGGGCGCGCCUCCCCGCCCCGCGAGGCUUUAGGGACCCCAGGAGGAAGGUGCUACAGCUUCAGCGCAGGAAGGAAGGACCCCCGCCCCGCUACCGGGGCCCCGUGCCCCGCCCCAGCCACGCCGUCACUGAGGUUCCUGGCAAGGAAGUCGCCUCUCCAGCCACCAAGCUCCGCCGUGUGGUCUCCAGACGCCCGGGGGUGGAAGGCCGCCCCCCGCAGGCCCCAGCGCAGAUCUCCACAGGCCGAGGGCAGCGGACGCGCGCUCGCCCCGGGAGGGGCGGACGGAAGCAGCGAGUCUGACAAGCCUGGCUCUUCGGUGGCAGGAGUCCAAAGGGAAGGACACUGUCCUUGCUCGGAUGAAACAGCGUUUUAUUUUUUAUUCCUUUGUAACUCGCAGUGUCACACACGGUUCUGUUUUUAAGUUUCACCCUCUAUGCGUCUCGUGAUUUUUUUGACAGCUGUGUACAUACUCUCCAGCGCUCUCUCAGUUAACU